AUUUUUAAUUUUUUCAUAACAAAUACGUAUAUUUUAGUAAUUAUUUAUUGUCUUUUGAAGCUGACCAUAAUUUAAGUGGACCUUAAUUGAAUAAUGGCUAUGAAUAUGGGUAUUAUGACUCAGUCAGAUUUAAAUGAAGCUGCUAAAUUGGAGAAACGCAAACAGUAUGAAGAGGAACGUAAAAAACGGAUAUUCAAUGCCAAGCAACGUUUAUAUGGGCUCGACUUGGAUACUUUGGAACGCCAAAUAGCUGACAAAUCGAAACAGCAACAAAUUGAGACCGAGUACGAACGUCGCUAUGAGCAACAGGCCGAUAUGAUGCAAAAGGUGGUGCACAACAAAGAAUUGGAAUUGGAGAAACGCAAACGUGUGGUGGAAAGCGACAUUAACUUCUAUCGUUGCCGCUUUCAACGCAAAGAACAAAGACGUGAAUUUGAUCUUAAUGAUCCUGAUUCUAUUAAAAAAUCCCAACCGGUACGCCUAGCAGAUGACGAUUUUAGCUUAGGCAUUUCCUCGGCUCAAAUUUUCAAUGGUGAAGAUUUGGGUCAGCGUGAACGUCAGCAAAAACAGCGAGAACAACAAAGAGCCUGGUUAGAUCAACAGAUAUUGGAGAGAAAACGUGCCGAAGAGUCUCGAUUGCAGGCCGAUAAAGUGCUACAAGAAUCCAUACAAUCACGUGAUAAACGUUUAGAAGAUAUGGCCAAUUCUGAGCGUAAAGUACGCCAUCAAAUUGUGGAUUCCAUAAGGCAAUACAAUUGCCAAAUGGCCAAACAAAAACACCAAGAAUCUUUGCGCAAAAAACAGGAGAAAACUGAAGAUGACAUGGCGGAAAUUUACAAUAUGUUGACUAGUGAUAUUCUAACGGAAAAUCCAGAUGUGGCCCAAUCUAAAACAAAUCCCAAUAAGAAAAUUGCCUUCAUGUAUCGAGGCAUGACGCCCGAAGAAUUGGAAAUGUUUCGUAAAGAUCAGCAGCAGCAAAUGAUCGAUCGCAAGAAACAAAAAACGGAACAGCAGUUGAUGGAUAAACAGUGGGAACAGUAUGCAUUGAAUAUGGAUCGAGAAUUGCAAUUGAAAGAUAUGGAAAUGCAAAGGAAAAAACAAAGUGAAUUUGAAAAGGUUUUGGAAAUCAACGAUAAAUUGGCCAAAGAGCAAAAACAUCAAAAGGAUUUGUGUAAUAGGGUUUUGAAUAAAAAUGCAGUUUCGAAAGAGUUUUAUAAUCAGUUUAAUAGGAGCUCGCGUUAAAUAAAUUUGAUUUAUCAUACAAAUUUAGCUA